UUAACUUCCCGGGAAUGCCCGUAUUGUACGAGAUUCAUUUGAAAUCAGCCAAGUUUCUGAAAUCAUGAUGGGCCGGUUAUCUCUUCUCUUCUUUUCAGAAAUUUCGCGAGUCUUAGUUUUCAUAGUAUAGUACUCGUACAAUACCAAAGACUCCUUGAAGUCCUAGCCUAGGCUCGUUAACUACUGGUACAUGAGUCUACUCGCACCGCACUGAAGUGAUAACUGACGUGGUCACAGAAACCCGCACAGAUGAUAUUAUCUGGCGAGGCCGAGGCGAGGCUACCUUAAAUUCUGGCAAUGCUACCGUAUGAGUUAAUUAAUUUAUUGGUAGGUCUCGAGAUCGGCAACGGUAUUCGAGAACUACGGGCUGUGAACUGGUUGACUGUCGUGCGAGUGUUAUUGAAAGCCUUGUUUCUGUCUCAAUUCGCCUGCCGCAAAGUGUUUGCCUAGAGCCGCUACGAUGAAUCGUACAGUAUAUAAUAACCCUCGAUGGGGGCACACCUCACAGCUCAGACAACAAUCAAUCGACAAUGCCUUUCAACACCGUCUUGGAAGAUAACCUCCUACCCUUCGGGUCCGUCAAACUCGGACGUUUGGUGCUCAACUCUAAAGCCCCUCUGGAUGAUUUCUACGAUCAACCCGAGAUACCCGAAGCGCUUUGUCAGGAGCAGCAGAACUUUGAGCAGAUCCAGAAAAACUCCAAAUACUCGAGACUCCGAGCCCGCAUCGCCCGGCUCUUCUACCUGAACCAAGAGAAUCGGCAAGAAGACGCCGCCUACCUGACCGGCAGCAAAGCCAAAACGUACACGCUCGAAAACUCUGGGGCAUGGUUCAAGGAAGCAUGCAAAACGGUCGAAACCCGUAAAUGGCUCGAAGCGGCGAUCACAGAGGGGUCGGAUGUGUACCUGGUCAUCGGGUACCACACCAUUUUCGACGCCCACUCCCACGUGAGAGAAGGCGUGACCGUGAGACAGGAAACCAGAGGUGCGAACGCUGGCGGGGAACAAGCGGAGGCCGGAUUCGACACCGCCCGGAACGCCGCUACCAAGGUUCAGAGGACGCAUGUCACGCUUGGCGAGCAGAUCUACGCCGUGCAGUAUCGCAAGCUCGCAUUCAAGGCGUUUAGUAGCCGCAUUCCUGAAACCCUGGCUCUGGAGCGCGGCAACCGAUGGAAGGUCUUCUGGGGACUCAGAGGGGUCGAAGAUACAGGAGAGGAUGAUGUGGUGCAGGCGGAUCUCACAGAUGAGCUUCCCGAGGAACCAUUCGAGGAGAGUUGCGAAGUCGGAGAUGACAAUGAGACGUUCCUUUUUUAGUGCCCUUGGAGGAUUAGGGAUAGUUUUGGUGUUUUGUUUUUUUGGAUGGGGAUUUGAUUCUCGGGGUUUCCAUUUUUUUUUUUUAAUACACCUAUAUCAACUAAGAAAUCUUUUGUGCGCUAUGCCUACCAGAGCA